AUGGCAAAAGCAUACACACAAGAUGAAUUUGACAGUCUGAUGGAGAAGGUGGAGAAGGGGAUGGGCAAUGACGUCAAAUAUUGCGAGUCAAUCAAUGCCGCACUAGUGUCAACAAGGGAAUUGCCAAUAUACGACUUCCUCGAAGAAGUUAGGAAGAUGUUUGGACGUUGGAAUUGUAGUAACCGCAAAGAAGCUACACAGACAUACACAACGCUUGGAAAAAUAUACCAGGAGAUGUUGACUUUGAAUGAGGUGGUACCAUCAACUGAAUACUUACAUACGAUUAACGAUGGAGGGAGGCAUUACACCGUCUGCCUGUUAGAGAGAAAAUGUAUUUGUGGGAGGUUCCAAGUUGAUGAAUUACCAUUCCCACAUGCUUGGGCUGUAUUGAAGAGCAAGUUUCUAAUGCCAGAAGAAUAUUGCUCUAACUAUUACAAAUCAAAUUCUGUUGUAAUGACAUACGAUGUGCCUGUGUACCCACUACCAGAUAGAAAUGAUUGGAAUAUACCAGCACAUGUUGUAGAGGAGGUUGUAUUACCACCCAAAUGGAAAAGACCUCUUGGAAGGCCAAAGAAGAAGCACGAUAAACCUUUAAGUGAAUUGCUGCAACCGAAAAAUCAACAUUCAUGUAGCAUAUGUGGGCAUGGAGGACAUAACAAGCGAACGUGUAGAAAUGAUCCACGUAGCAUUUAG